CGCGUCACGGAAGCCCUUCAGAUCUCGCUGCGACUAGAUAACACUAGAUGCUUCGUUAACUACCGUGUUUUCAACAGACUGUCUACAUGGACUGCUCUCCAGACGUCCCAAAAUUCACUGUUAAUCCGGGUCCCCCCUGCUUCACGCCGCUCCGGGUAGCAAGGCCCAACCCCUUCACGCUGUCACAUCACUUCCGCCAUCGACUCUCAGCAAGCAAGAUGUCGGAAGAUUCCGAGGCUGUGCUGCAGCUCCCUGCGGCUCCGGCCGCGGCCGGCGGCGAGAGCCUUUCGGAGCUCUCCCCGGAAACAGCCACCCCAGAGCCCCCGUCUUCGGCUGCAGUUUCGCCCGGUACGGAGGAACCUCCCGGAGACACCAAGAAAAAAAUUGACAUCCUGCUAAAGGCCGUAGGAGACACUCCUAUAAUGAAAACAAAGAAAUGGGCUGUGGAGCGAACCCGGACCAUCCAGGGACUCAUUGACUUCAUCAAAAAGUUCCUUAAACUGGUGGCCUCAGAACAGUUGUUUAUUUAUGUGAAUCAGUCCUUUGCCCCUUCCCCAGAUCAAGAGGUUGGAACUCUAUAUGAGUGUUUUGGCAGUGAUGGUAAGCUGGUCCUACAUUACUGCAAAUCCCAGGCAUGGGGGUGAGCCACAAAUGAACAACUGGAUGUUUUCACAGAAGAAAGAAAUGCAGAGAAGUUUCAGUGCUGUGGGAAGAGACUUACUAUCAAAUACUCAGCAUGACUCUGUUAUGACUUGUGUUUAUGUGUAAGAAAACAUCAUAGAGUAAAUAGACUAACGAAUGAGAUUUGUGUUACCAUGAGAUUACCAUGAGAGAUUGCCAUUAGAGUGUGCCCAGGACUCCCUCCCACACACUCCUGUUCCAGGUUCAGAAAGGAGACUGGAAUUGUAUUUGGAUUGAAGGUCUCAGGAUGACUGAAGUUAUUUACUUUGGGGAUUGGCACUGUGUUGAUUCCAUGAUAAAAAACUAAUUUACUGAAGAGUUUGUAUUUUGAGGUAAUUUUAAACCUCUGUUUGGGAUGUAGCAUGUUUACAUUUAUCUGUGUUACUUUGUAAAACAAAGUGCACUGAUCUAAGUUGUCCAGUAGAGGGCAGUCAGUUGGCAAACCGGCUAGACAGUUUUCACAGCUUUGCCAGGCGACUGCAGGAAAGACUGUUGAAGCUAAUUUCUAGUUACUGUGUAAUCCGGAAAGCAGCUGUGUUGACACUGGAGAAUGUACUUAGUUUACAGAUUGUGAGCAGAGGAGCCUCAGCUCUUCCGUCCUGUUGUUUGUGGUUCCUGAGCCUCGUCCAGGGCACUGAUCCACACCUACAGUCUCAGUGUCAGGAAACCUGAGCAGGAGGGCUGCACAGGAGUCCACAGCUAGAUUGGACUGCAAAGGAGCUUCUCCCAACAAGAUUCUAGAGCCCUACCCAGUGUGUGCCCAUUGUCACUUCUGUGUCAGGAGAGCUGACUUGGGAAACCAAGCAGCACCAAGUUCCCCAUUUCCUCCCAACCCUCACUUCUCAUCUCUGUGUACUUUAGUUUAUAUUUUUGCAGGCUUAGGGAUCAUUCCCCUUGCCGUGUGCACUCAAGGACAGGCUCUGCUGAGCUGCAUCUCCAGCAUUCAUUGAGUGUUCAAAAUAUGUUUUCCAAAUUGAAAGUAUUUGGAGCUAGUGAUUGAAAAAUAGUGUCCAAUUGUAUGUGUAUUUCAUGCCGCCACAAAAAAAGAGAGUGAGUGUCACUGGCGAAGUCAGCCUGGCCAUUGCCUGAGCUAACAUUUCACCUUACAUAUUUUAUCUCAAACUUUUUUUUGAGAUUGGGUCUCACUGUGUAGAUCUGCCUAGCCUAGAACUCCCAGAGAUCAGUGUGUCUGUCUGUGCCGCCUAAGUGCUGGGACUGAAGGGAUAGACCACCUCACCCAGCUCCGUAGGAGUCUUAAAGAUUUCCAACAGAAGUACUCAUGGCAGCGAACCUAGCAUUGAGGAAAUUGAGACAAGAUGAUUGAAAGUAUAAGACUGUGGGCUACAGAGUAAGAUUGUCUCAAAAAAAAAAAAAAAAAAAAAAAAAAAAAAAAACCCAUGAAGUUAACUCCUGGAAAAAAAUUCCAAUAAGUGGCAUGUCUAAAGAGGAUUACAGGUCUGAAGUGUGUAGAAAUGUAUUUUUUAUCAGAAGAAAAACCUUGAAGACCUGAAAUGCUACCCUUUUGUUGUUGAUGAUGUUGUUGUUGUUGUUCUGCUUUUGAGAUUGGCUGUGUCACUCUGGCUGACCUGCCUCAGGCUCCUGGGCACCAGGCUUACAAUUGUGCACCACCGCACUUGGCUCAUCUUAACUCUUAAGCCCUAGAGUGUGCUGUAGAGUAGUCCUCAGCCCGUGCCCGAGGAAGCCUCUGUGGGACUGCACGGUACAGUGCCAGUCACUUCUGCCCACGAAUGUACAUUUUGCACAUCCCCUUUCCUAGCACCCCUUGCUGAGUUCAUGCAGGCACUAUGGACAGUGAGUUAUGCACAGUACAAGCUUAGGAAAACCCCUUACAUUUUGAAAUCUGGGACGUAUUGAUUUAUGAACAAUGUCAGUUGGAAAGGGAAAAGAUCUGCUCUAGCUUUGCCUGGUAAGAGGUGACUGAGAGAACAUAAUAGUAGAUAUUUAACAGCAGAAAUAUGUUGAAUUUAUUGUUGGCUGUUAUUCAUUUGAGAUGACAGAAUGCUUAUUACCUCUAUGAAAUCAAAAAUAAACUUGAAUUUGAAUUUGUAA